CGACCAUGCGUGUGUUUUUCGACCUUUCGGAUAAUUAUUUUGUAAUUUUCAAAUAUUUGGCUCAACUUUUUAGACAUUUUGGACGCCGUUAACCUGCAAUCCUUGCUGUUUCCUGUUUGCAGCUUGUGUCGUUGAUAGCCUGAAAGUUAUAAGCUCUUACAACUUUAAAAGUUCACAUAAGUUACUUAUUGUUUAGUUAUUCUUGACUCUUGAGGGUGGAAUUAGAUUAAGAUAUCACUGAUCAAAAUUCAGAAAUGGAUAGAUUUGAUGGAGUUCCAAAUGCUGAUGAAGUGCGUCCUCUACAUGAGAGAUGCAGGCCAUGACGCAGAUCAGCAGCCAGGGCCUGCUAACAGAAACCAGCCAUUGCCAUCAAUUACCAUGCCUGGUAGUAGGCCUGGAAGUGUUGUACAUGGCGAUGGCAACGGUUAUUACUACCAUGUUGAAAGAGUACGUGGUAACCGAAGAUUGUUGAGGUGCAAAGAGAAAAAGAAAAGAAAUUGCAUGACCAGAGCCUCGAUGGGACUGGAGGAAGGGUCUCCAAUCCUGCCAACCUUCAACAGCCCACACAGUUCCACAACCAUCAACCUGACCACGUAGAAGGCAGGAGGCUGCAGAUGAUGGCGAGGUUGAAAGAGCGGGCACAGCAGGAGCCGGAGUCUUCCGUUGGUAGAAUCAUAGACGAAGAAGCAUUGAGAGAUCCAGAGGCUUCCUACGAGAUUCCCGCUACUGGCGCCAGCAGGGCCAUGAAAAGGGCGAGAGGAGCAACUCAGCCGGCCAUUCCUCGCACCCUUGAGGACAUGACGGAGGAAAUGAGCCAAGUGGGUCGUGAGGAAUUACGAUCCACAUCGGUUGGUUCACAAUUCUUCCUCGAUGAGCCGAUAAGGGGUGCCGACGGGGAGACACUGGCCGAGGGCUUCGUUAGCCAGAGGAUGGUGGCCCAUCUGCGGCGGCACCCAGCGGAGGCCUCCCAGCUACUCAUGGACGCAACAUUCAAAACACUACCAAGACGACCAGAGGGAGUGCACCAAUUUUUUUCAGUACACGUUUUGUACGUGGAUGUUGCUGUGCCAGUGGCGUUCUUCCUCAUGAAGAGGAGAACGGAGGACAGCUACCGGCGCGUGCUUAGUCACAUGCGUGAAAACUUCCUAAAUUGGAAUUUCAUGACGAUCACCACUGACUUCGAAGUCGGACAGGUGAAUGCCAUCAGGGCGGUAUUCCCAGAAGCGCGGCAUAUAGGAUGCUGGUUCCACUUUUGUCAAGCGAUUUGGCGUUACGUGGUAGCUGAAGGCCUUACUGCUUCAAUACGGGCUGACUUCGAGGUCAAAAAAGUUGUAAAAAUGUUCAUGGCUCUUCUACACUUGCCACCACACCCGGGGCCUCCUCACGAUGACCGGGUCCCUCCUUAUGGCAUUGCUGAUGGUCUGAAUGCCAUCAGCAACUACAUCGACGAGGGAAACCUUGAUCGACGAUUGCAAAACGCAGUCGCUUACGUGAGGAGGUAUUGGGUGGGGGUGAUCGGAGUGGAAAGCCUGUCAACAUUCCAGGCGCCUCGAAGAACAAACAAUUAUCUGGAAAGUUUCCACUCAAGGAUGCUGGCCGCCUUUGGUGUCAACCUGGACAUCUGGAGCUUCAUAAUUGAGUAAAUGAAAUAAUAAACUACUAUUACAUAAUAUAUAUUUCAUUUUUUCAAAACUUGUACAGAAACCUUCACUGUAGGACAGCUAUUUAUAAGUGCAUGAUUAUUGAAAUGUAUCCACUAAUUAUCCAUGUAUUCCUCUAUGGAGGAAUACAUAGUGUGAGCAAUGACUUGGUCGAUUUGUUUUUACUGAAAAAUUUUUUGAGGUUGGGAGGUUGCUUAUAAAUGAGGGUGGGUGGUUGCUGGAAAAGGUGUUUGGUAGAGGGAUUGGAGGAGACGACAUGGAACAGAUCUUUAAGGACAGGUUUGAGGUUUUCGAUUCCAGGGAAGUAGGUGGUACAGA